AUGGCCAACGUGCUGCCUGCCUGCCUGCUCCUGGCCCUGCUGGUGCUGACCCCAGCCCUGCUGACACAGCAAGAGCAGGAGCAAGGGCAAGAGCUCACCUUCAGGCUGGACAUUGGGGAGCUGUGCCUGCAGAGUGUCCAGUGCAAGAGCGGCUGCUGCCACCGGGAGAACGGCCUCAGCCUGGCCCGAUGUGCCCCGAAGGCAGCAGAGUCCCAGGAGUGCUCUCCAAAGAGCAUCUAUGGGGUCUACUACAAGUGUCCCUGCGAGAGAGGCUUGUCCUGUGAUGCCAACAGAACCAUCGUGGGCUCCAUCACCAACAGCAACUUCGGCGUCUGCAAGGACCCCCGGGACUUCUAGAGCCCCCGCUGUGCCCCUCUGUGCUGCCCCUGCCACCCUGCCUUUCCCCCUCUCCAGGCAUCCCUGAGUCUGGCUGUGGGAGAAUUUGAAUUAAGACCAGCUUCUGCC